AUGAUGUGUGCGGCUUCGCCGAAACAAUUCAGCAACCCGAGCAAGGUCAAGAUCCACCAAGACAGGUCCGCAGAAGGCGGGCUCUCUGCGUCGGAAGUGCGGAAGAUCUGGGGCCAGCCUUCGGACGCCAUUUUCGCCAACGUGGCGGAGUCUCAUUUCGCCUGCCUGGAUGACAGGAUCACCGCUCCAUCGCUGUACACUCCGGGCGGAGAUCUGGGGGAGUUCGCCUUGGCUCUGACAGCCUGCGGAACGGCCCCCAAUGACGCAGCAAUUCUGCAAAUCUUGAAUGCGCACGUGGCGGCUUUGCCUGCCGCUCGAAAGUUCUACCACUGCACAGAUGACGAGGCCCUGGAACACAUGGAGUCCUACCUGGGCCUGGAGGGCCUCGACAUGUUCUCGCCCGACCCGGCCACUCAGCAAGAAAUAAUAAAGGCGAUUGAGCAGCCACGAAAUAAAGAGGUAGCCGCAUGCGCAGCAGGUGAUUCGGCACAGUUCAGCUUUUUCACCUCGGCCUCCUCAUGCAAGCAGCAGCAGGCAGUGCACUCGAUCUUUGUGACAGAAGUUUGCUGCUCCACUUCAGGACUUUCCACAGCAGUCAUGAAGGCAUUCUUCACUGUUUUGUGGGACACAGAAAACCCGAAUCAGCAGCGCAUGCAGCUGGAGGUGUUGGCGGGAAAGCGGGCGCCGCAGGCUUUCCUAGAAAUUGCAACAACGGAAGACUGCGAAGCCGCUGGGGUCGCCCCGCUUCUGAGGGCCAGGGGAAAACAGGCUAGAGCUUUGAUCAGCCACAUGAACGCUGUGAGCGCCAGAAGGAAGGAACUGGCCGCCUUCUUCACAAAAAAUGGGUUUUGUUCUCUGAGUGCGGAGGAGCUGGCCUCAAGAAUGGACCGAUACGGGGCCCGCCUGGGGAGGGAUUUGCCCUUCUACAGAGUGUCAUUCAUCUGA